AUGCUUCGUACAACAACUCAUCCUGUUACUAUGGGAACCACGGAUUUAAUCGACUAUACCACCCCGGCUACUGCUGUACAUCGAGAGCUGGUGUCUCUCGCUGAUGGUUUGGGCCGGUUUCCGAACGGCAUCAACACUAAGGAAGCGUUAGGUUCCGUCGCUAAGGUCGACCACAUCAAGUCCGCUAUCGCUGAGGAGCUUCCUAUCAGAAGCAAGGUCAUUUUCAGCAUCCUAUGCAGUCGUGCCGCGACUUCGACUGCGAAGAAGGAAUCCAAGGAGCUCAGCACCGAGGAUAUGAACAAGAUGCUGUCUGACUUCCAGCGCAUUCACGGUUCAGCUCCGCUACCUACGUUGAUGUCGACGAAGCCUGCUAUACUCCAGAAGAUGAAGAAACCAGAACAAGCCGUACGUAUGGAUCUCAAUGAAUUCUUACCUCGUCGAGAGGUAAUCUCGACGGACGAUAACAAAUCCUUCAAGGUCAACAAUUCGGGACAACUGGUGAUGUCGAGCACUGAAAAACCUUACUGGAGACGCCUAGUCGAUUUUCUUCCUGCCCUCGGUGCUCCAGCUAUUAUAGACUACGACGCCAAGUACCGCUCUGCGAUUGCCCAGUUGGUGACGACAGGAACCUACUCCGUCUCCCACAUGCUACGCGACGAUGUUCUACCAACUAUUAUGUCCGCCGCUUUGGCUCGUGCGACAACCACUCCUAGUCGUCUUCCUCUCCAACAAAUUCCCUCUUCGUCUAACUCAAUCUCGCAAGUAGUCCCUGCUUGUGAAGUCCUGUAUCAAGAUGGGUCGGGCAUCCGUGCCCAUUUACCCGCUGUUCCCAACGUUGCUUGCAAGCUUACUCCUGAUGUCGCUUCUUUCACACACUUACUGACCAAAACGAUCGAUGACCACAAGCUAGAUGAUGUCCUCGCGGCUUCUACAACGCGUUCGGAAGAAGUCAGACCGGAUAGGUCUCAGUCUUUACUCAAUGCCUUCUCUGGUGCAGCUGAUGAUAUACUAGAUAGCCUGGAAUAUUCUUCCACAGUGACAUCUCGAGCUUGCUCUUCUGGUAGCCCCAUACGUCCCGAUGUCCUCGACUAUUUGUCGGCUCUCUUCGACCCAGGGAAUGACGGUGGCCUGGUCAGCGAACUAGAUACCGGUGUGAAUUUGGGUUUUGAAGGCGGUCUCAAAGCUUCCGGAAUCUUUCCUGUUGCAAAGUCCAGUGAGAACACUGGCGAUGACGCCGCCUCCUUUGACGAACACAGCUUCUCUUCUCUUGAACGAGCUAAUUACUUCAGCGGUCAGGAUGCUACGUGUGCGAUGAUCGCACUGCGAUCAGAUCCGUUGUCGAAGAGGAGUUUCGUCUCGGUAGAAUACGUGAACUGUCUGAUGAUGAAGCUCUACAGCCCGACCGUUUCUUUUCGAAGUUAG